AUUCACAUCUCAUACAUUUUUUUCAUCAUAUAGGUGUGGAAAUAUAUUUAAAGAGCUAGGUAGUAGCUGCUAAGAAAACAAUACUGUAAGAAAUUGUGCAUAUCAUUAUAAAAAACGCAAUUAUCCUUGAAAAAGUAAGAGAGUUAUGGUCCAACAGUUUUUUUUUAAUCUUAAUAUUUUUUCUUUGAUCAGUCGGUGAUCAAAACAUACCUAUGUUUUAAUCGAUUUCAUGCUUGGAUAUAGAAAUAAUUCUGACUCCCUCCUUAAUCAGCGUUGCAGAGUUUCAUUGAAGAAUGGUGUUUUUAAUUAUCUUAUUCCGAUAAAAGUUUGUGACAAGGAUAGGUAAAAAUUGUGGUUUCUAAUAGUGUUUUUAAAAGGUGACAAAAGGUGACCAUGAAGGACCAUUGGAACAUUUUUUGGUUGGUUCUGGUGUUGAUUAAGAUUUGCGAUGGAAGAAACACGAAACCGAAUAUUAUUGUUAUUAUGGCAGAUGAUAUGGGUUUUAAUGAUGUCGGAUUUCACGGCAGUGAUGAAAUACCAACACCAAAUAUAGAUGCACUUGCGUAUAAUGGAGUUAUUUUAAAUAGUCACUAUACUCAAUCAUUAUGCACCCCUUCAAGAUCAGCUUUUCUUACUGGAAAAUAUCCUAUACAUACAGGAAUGCAACAUUUGGUAAUAUUAGAACCAGAACCUUGGGGUCUCCCACUUAACGAAACCCUUAUUCCUCAAAUACUAAAGCAAAACGGUUAUUCAACUCAUGCAGUAGGAAAGUGGCAUCUAGGAUUUUUUGAAAAAGAAUACACCCCAACUUACAGAGGAUUUGACACCCAUUAUGGUUACUUUCAAGGUCUUCAAGAUUAUUACACUCAUAUGACUCAUGCAUCAUUUAGUAAUGAAAUUGGAUACGAUAUGAGACGAAACUUAGAAGUUGAUUAUGACGCUAAAGGAAAAUACUCCACAACGUUGUUCACUAACGAAGCUGUAAAUUUAAUUAAAAAUCACGACACGAAAAAUCCGAUGUUUUUAUAUAUGACACAUCUUGCGCCUCACUCCGGAAAUGCAAAUAACCCACUUCAAGCUCCAGAUGAAGAAAUUGCUAGGUUUGCCCAUAUUCAAGAUCCAGAGAGGCGAAUUUAUGCAGCGAUGGUAUCCAUGUUAGACCAAAGUGUCGGAACAGUCAUCAGUGCUCUUAGGGAUAAGAGGAUGUUAGAUAAUUCCGUAAUUCUAUUCAUGUCCGAUAAUGGGGCUCAACCUAGAGGACUUCACGCUAAUCAUGGUUCAAAUUAUCCAUUUAGAGGGACGAAAGAAACGGCUUUCGAAGGAGGACAUCGAAAUAUAGCGGCUAUAUGGAGUCCCCUGAUUAAAAAACCACAACGCGUUUCCAACCGUUUAAUGCAUAUAUCUGACUGGCUACCAACAUUCUACUCGAUAGCAGGUCUAAAUAAGACCGACAUACCCAAACAUCUAGAUGGAAUGGAUAUGUGGGAAUCAAUAUCUGAAGACAAAGAAAGCCCUAGAACAGAGUUUGUUUAUAACAUCGAUGACAUAGGCAGAUAUGGAGCCGUUAGACAAGGUGACUGGAAAUACAUCUAUGGUUCUGUAGCUAAAGGAAAACGCGAUACAUGGUUUGGAGAUAAUGGUAAAAGGGAGGAGUAUUUCUACGAUAUUAAUCAAGUUUUGUCGUCAAAAGCCGCUACUUCGUUUACAGGUUUCAUAACUUAUCAACAAAUUGAAGACCUACAUUCAAAUAAAUCUCCCAGAGGAUUAAAACCUAUAGAUAAAACUGUCGUGGAACAAUUAAGGCGGGAAGCAACUGUUACAUGUGCACCUUCCGAUCCAGAUCAAUUGGAAGAAACAAAAUGCAACUUAUUGCACUCCCCAUGUCUAUUCAACAUUAAAGACGAUCCGUGCGAAAGGAUCAAUUUGGCUUCCGCUAGACCGAACAUUGUAAAGAAUCUAGAACACCUUCUUCUGGACUAUAGAAAGACAGUUGUACCUCCAAGAAAUAAACCACGUGAUCCGAAAGCGAAUCCAGUGUACUGGAAUAAUACCUGGGUUAGUUGGGCAGACUGCGAUAAUGUAUUUAAAGCCAAAGUAGCCCAUAACCCGAUUUCUGUGAUGGGAAUCGUUUUAAUUGUAGGAGCAGUAUUAGUGCUGGCAAUUAUGAUUUUAAUUCUAUCAAAAGUAAAUUACGACAAGAGACAAACACAUAAGAAUCAACACGCAAGUCAAACUUUAGUUCAAGAAAAUAAUGUGUAAAUUUUGCAAAGAUAAUGAUUAUAGUCUGGGCUGCUUAUCGGAGACUAGGCCAUUUUUGGGAAAAGUUAUUUACCAGCAAUUUUAUUGCUGGAAUCGAAUUAUAAGAUCCUAUAUAUUAAUAAUAUAGGUAUGCAAAGUCCUCAGAUAGUGUGCUACUUUUUUUAUAAACAAAAUGGCGCCCGAAUAUCGUGUUUUUUUCAAUUAUUGCUCUAUAACUCCGAAGAUUUUAACUUUAUAACAAAAACACCCAAAUAAAAAUUCACCGUGAUUAAAUUCUUCAUAAAGACGUGUUUUUCCCGAUCUGCUUCGACGAAAAUUUUCCUCAGAAAAUGCGGGUUUUCCCAACACAAUCUUUAAUUUUCAAAUAAAGUUUUAGAUAAGUAAUUAUCUACCAAUAAUUAAAUAAUUUGGUGACUCAAAACCCUUCUUAGUUUAGAUUAUAGUUCCAGCAGCUGGUGAAAAUUAAACGAAUAUUUUAGCAACAAUUCAAUUGUUAAUUAAUAAUUUACGCUCGCAAUAAUAACCAAAAUAAUUAUGAUACACUGAUCAAACUUUGAAAUCUUAUAAAGAUGAGAUGCCUAUUUAACAUUUUGUCGACAAAAUAUAAAUUUUUUUAUUUUUUUGAAUAAUGUUUAAAAAAAAUAGUUAUAAACAAAUUAACGUUUCUCAGAAAGAUUUUAUUAUAUUAUAAUUUUAAAAAAUAGCUAAAAUGCGCAAUUCAGAUAUCUUGAAAAUUAAUGCUUUAAAACUUUUUUGCAACCAUUUGCAAAAAAUUUAUGAAACAGCAAAUUCAACACACGAUUACUACGGUGUUUAUAAUUUUUUUUUUAAUUCUUUCAAAGCGUAGAAGUAAGUUUAAAGUACAAGCUAAUUAUUUACAAAAAAAUAUUGAUUAUCAGAUGAAUGGUUAUAUUUUAAUUAAAGAUUAUAAAUAUAUUUUUUUGUAAUUUACACGCGCGAAAGUAAAAUAAUACAGUACUGUAACUAAAAUUUUCACUCGGAGCGACGAUCGGCCGCGCGACGUACACUUUUAAUAAAUAAUGUAUGCUGCGUGUCAGUCGCUUCGAGUGAACAUUUUAGCUCCGACUCUGUAUCAGGCCUACUUUUGCGCUAAAAAUUACAAAAGAAGGUAUUUUAAUCUUUGAUUAAAAUAUAACCAUUGCACUAUUUUUUGACAUUCUUUGUGAGUAAUUAUAUUGUACCAUAGACUCACUUUUAAGCUUUGAAACAAUUAAAACAAAUUAUAAACAACGGAGGAAUCGUAUAUUUACUUUGCUGUUUUAUAACUAUUUUGCAAAUGGUUGAAAAAUUUUUUUAAAGCAUUCAUUUUCAAGACCUAUGAAAUACGCAUUUUAAGUAUUUUUUAAAAUUAGAAUAUAAUAAACAAUUUCUGAGAAAUGUUAAUUUGUUUAUAACAAUUUUUUUAAACAUUUAAAGAUUAUGCAAAAAAAUGAAAAAAAUAUAUUUUGUCGACAAAAUAUUAAAUAGGCAUCACACCUUUAUAAUCUUUCUAAGUUUGAUCAAUGUCUCAUGAUUAUUUUGGUUGUUAUUGCGACUGUAAAUUGUUAAUUAACAAUUGAAUUGUUGCUAAAAUAUUCGUUUCAUUUUCACCGGCUUUUGAAUUUAUAAUCUAUACCAAGAAAGCUUUUAUUUCACCAAGCUAUAUAAUUAUUGUUAAAUAAUUACUGGCCCAAAAAAAUUAUUUGAAAAUUCAAGAUUUUGUUGGGAAAACCCACAUUUUGCGAGGAAAAUUUUCGUCGGAGCAAAUCGGUAAAAACAUGCCUCUAUGUAGAAUUAAAUUGGGUUGAAUUUUUAUUUGAUUGUUUUUGGUGUAAAGUUAAAAUCUUCGGAGUUAUAGAGCAGUAAUUGAAAAAAGUACGAUUUGUCGGCGCCAUUUUGUUUAUAAAAAAAGUAGCACACAAUCUGCGGACUUUGCAUACCUAUAUUAAUAAUAUAUAGGAUCUUAUAAUUCGAUUCCAGCAAUAAAAUUGCUGGUAAAUAACCUCUCUUUGUACUUUACUAAUCAGACCAGCAGCGUAUUAUAACUAUUUUUUUUUCAAAAUUUAAAGAUUAUGCAAAAAAAAAGAAAAAUUUAUAUUUUGUCGAUAAAAUCUUAAAUAAGCAUCUCAUAUUUAUAAUCUUUAUAAGUUUGAUCAAUGUAUCAUGAUUAUUUUGGUUAUUAUUGCGAUCGUAAAUUGUUAAUUAACAAUUGAAUUGUUGCUAAAAUAUUCGUUUAAUUUUCACCGGCUUCUGGAAUUACAAUCUAUACCAAGAAAGCUUUGAUGUCACUAAGUUAUUUAAUUAUUGAUUAAUAAUUACUUACCUAAAACUUUAUUUGAAAAUUAGAGUUUUUGUUAGGAAAACCAUUUUCCGAGGAAAAUUUUCGUCGGAGCAAAUCGUGAAAAACAUAUCUGUAUGCAGAAUUUAAUUGCGGUGAAUUUUUAUUUGGGUGUUUUUGUUGUAAAGUUAAAAUCUUCGGAGUUAUAGAGCAAUAAUUGAAAAAAAUACGAUUUUCGGGCGCCAUUUUGUUUAUAAAAAAAGUAGCACACUAUCUACGGACUUUGCAUACCUAUAUUAUUAAUAUAUAGGAUCUUAUAACUCGAUUCCAGCAAUAAAAUUGCUGGUAAAUAACUUUUCCAUGAACUUUGCUAAUUAGCCCAGAGUAUUAACAUAUUAUUUAAGCAAUUUCUAGCAAAAUCACAAUUUUAAAUCCAAACCUAAAUUACACCUCAAAAAGAGAUUACGACGGAAGAAAUGUUUUUUAAUAUAAAUAUUUAAUUUUGCAAUGGUGAGUGACCCUUAGCAUAGUUGCGAUUGACUAAGUUUGUCAGCAUCUUGUACUUUUUCGUGGUAAGUCAGAUCUUUUACAGUUUUAAAAUAGUAUCUAUACCAAAUUUACAAUGAAGAUGCAGUAGAAAUAAACAAACCAAGACACGUUAAAUGCUACUAGGAGCACUCCCGAAUCAUAAUUUACAAUGUAGGUAUAAACUUUGGAAAUCAUGAUUUGGGAUUUACAAUUUAUAUAAAUAAAUUAUAAAUUAUGAUUCGACAGUGCUCCUAGUAGCAUUUAACGUGUCUUGGUUUGUUUAUUUCUACUGCAUCUUGAUUGUAAAUUUAGUACAUAUAUGUGCCUACUUCCCUUCAUUAGGAUUUAAAGCAUAAACUUUACUAGAGUUUUUACUUAUUUCUAAUGCUUUACCUAAUCACUUAUUGGUAAACUUGGUUGAGGCGUUCUCAACUAUGCUAAGAUUAACUAUUAAGGUUAUGUCAAUGUAUAAAAAUGUAUAGUAGUUAAGGAUUAUAGUAUUUUUAUUUGUGUAAAAGCACUAAUUAGUCCAUACUAUUCAGUUCUAUUUGAGAACUUUUAUUUUUAUAUAAGAGAGAUCUCAAAACAGUAUUGAUAGGUAUUGUUCAUGCGCCAUAACUUUUCCCGUGCGUCACGAUUCAUUUUCAAACAAAUUAAAUCAAAACAUAAAGUGAAACGUACGCCGAUGUGUGCAGUAUAUAUUAUGUAGUAUACAGUAUACAAAAUGUAAAUACACAUCGACGUUCGGGUCACUUUAUGUUUUGACUUAAUUUGUUUGAAAAUGAAUCGUGACGCAUGGGAAAAGUUAUAGCGGACGAACUAUACCAUUAAAUUUUAAAUAAAAUUUUAAUAUAUUUGUAAAACAACAUUGCGACUUAUGUGCAUACAUACGGAAACAAAAUAAAUAUUUUUAUUUUUA